GCCAGGAGCGGAAGCCGGGGUCCGGCCAGCUCACGGUCCGGCGCUGGGGACUGAAGGGGAUUGCUCCCCGGAGCAGGCGGGGAACCGGGGUGCAGACUGGGCGCGCGACUGCCGGCCCUGCGCGUGCGCCGCUGGCGCGGCCGGCCGACAGGUUCUUUAAUGGAGCAGCCAAUCUGCCUGCAGAUCUGGUUUCAUCUAAUGAUCUGCAGACACCAGCUCUGAAGCCAGUUAAUCGUUCCCCCUGUCCAGGUGCACGGUAGUUGGUCAUCUUCACGAUGUUGGACUUUCUGGCUGAGAACAACCUCUGUGGCCAGGCAAUCCUGAGGAUUGUUUCCUGUGGCAAUGCCAUCAUUGCUGAACUUUUGAGGCUUUCUGAGUUUAUUCCUGCUGUGUUCAGGUUAAAAGACCGAGCAGAUCAACAGAAAUACGGAGAUAUCAUAUUUGAUUUCAGCUAUUUUAAGGGUCCAGAGUUAUGGGAAAGCAAACUGGAAGCUAAGCCAGAGCUACAGGAUUUAGAUGAAGAAUUUCGUGAAAACAACAUAGAAAUUGUGACCAGAUUUUAUUUAGCAUUUCAAAGUGUGCAUAAAUAUAUUGUAGACUUAAACAGAUAUCUAGAUGAUCUCAAUGAAGGUGUUUAUAUUCAGCAAACCUUAGAAUCUGUGCUUCUCAAUGAAGAUGGAAAACAACUUCUAUGUGAAGCACUGUACUUGUAUGGAGUUAUGCUACUGGUCAUCGACCAAAAGAUUGAAGGAGAAGUCAGAGAGAGAAUGCUGGUUUCUUACUAUCGAUACAGUGCUGCUCGAUCUUCUGCUGAUUCAAAUAUGGAUGAUAUUUGUAAGCUGCUUCGAAGUACAGGUUAUUCCAGCCAACCAGGAGCCAAAAGACCGCCCAACUAUCCCGAGAGCUAUUUCCAGAGAGUGCCCAUCAAUGAAUCCUUCAUCAGCAUGGUCAUUGGUCGCCUAAGAUCUGAUGAUAUUUACAACCAGGUCUCAGCAUACCCUUUGCCGGAGCAUCGCAGCACGGCCCUGGCAAAUCAAGCUGCCAUGCUGUACGUCAUUCUCUACUUUGAACCUUCCAUUCUUCACACCCAUCAAGCAAAAAUGAGAGAGAUAGUGGAUAAAUACUUUCCAGAUAAUUGGGUAAUUAGUAUUUACAUGGGGAUCACAGUUAAUCUAGCAGAUGCUUGGGAACCAUACAAAGCUGCAAAAACUGCUUUAAACAAUACCCUGGACCUUUCAAAUGUCAGAGAACAGGCAAGCAGAUAUGCUACUGUCAGUGAAAGAGUACACGCUCAAGUGCAGCAGUUUCUGAAAGAAGGUUAUUUAAGGGAGGAAAUGGUUCUGGACAAUAUCCCAAGGCUUCUGAACUGCCUGAGAGACUGCAACGUUGCCAUCCGAUGGCUGAUGCUUCACACAGCAGACUCGGCGUGUGACCCAAACAAUAAACGCCUUCGUCAAAUUAAGGACCAGAUUCUAACAGACUCCAGGUACAAUCCCAAGAUCCUCUUCCAGUUGCUGUUGGAUACUGCACAAUUUGAGUUUAUACUCAAAGAGAUGUUCAAGCAAAUGCUUUCAGAAAAGCAAACCAAAUGGGAGUAUUAUAAGAAAGAGGGUUCAGAACGGAUGACUGAGCUUGCUGAUGUCUUUUCGGGAGUGAAGCCCCUAACCAGAGUGGAGAAAAAUGAAAAUCUUCAAGCUUGGUUCAGAGAGAUCUCAAAACAAAUAUCAUCUUUAAAUUAUGAUGAUUCUACUGCUGCAGGCAGAAAAACUGUGCAACUAAUACAAGCUUUGGAGGAGGUCCAAGAAUUUCACCAGCUGGAAUCAAAUCUGCAAGUAUGUCAGUUUCUUGCUGAUACUCGCAAGUUUCUCCAUCAAAUGAUCAGAACCAUUAACAUUAAAGAGGAAGUCCUGAUCACAAUGCAGAUCGUCGGGGACCUUUCUUUUGCUUGGCAGUUAAUUGACAGUUUCACAUCCAUAAUGCAGGAAAGCAUAAGGGCGAACCCAUCCAUGGUCACUAAACUCAGAGCUACAUUCCUAAAGCUUGCCUCUGCCCUUGAUCUGCCCCUUCUUCGCAUUAACCAAGCAAACAGCCCUGACCUUCUCAGCGUGUCUCAGUAUUAUUCCGGCGAGUUGGUGUCCUAUGUGAGAAAGGUUUUGCAGAUCAUUCCAGAAAGCAUGUUUACAUCUCUUCUAAAGAUCAUAAAGCUUCAGACUCAUGAUAUCAUUGAGGUGCCUACCCGCCUGGACAAAGACAAGCUGAGGGACUAUGCUCAGCUUGGCCCACGAUACGAGGUUGCCAAGCUUACUCAUGCUAUUUCAAUCUUUACGGAAGGCAUCUUAAUGAUGAAAACGACUUUGGUUGGCAUCAUCAAGGUGGAUCCAAAGCAGUUGCUAGAAGAUGGAAUACGGAAGGAGCUCGUUAAGCGUGUUGCUUUUGCCCUUCAUAGGGGAUUGAUAUUCAACCCUCGAGCCAAGCCAAGUGAAUUGAUGCCUAAGCUGAAAGAGUUGGGAGCGACCAUGGAUGGAUUCCAUCGUUCUUUUGAAUACAUACAGGACUAUGUCAACAUUUAUGGUCUGAAGAUUUGGCAGGAAGAAGUAUCUCGUAUUAUAAAUUAUAAUGUGGAGCAAGAGUGUAAUAACUUCUUAAGAACAAAGAUUCAAGACUGGCAAAGUAUGUACCAGUCCACUCAUAUCCCAAUACCAAAGUUUAGCCCUGUGGAUGAAUCCGUGACAUUUAUUGGUCGACUCUGCAGAGAAAUCUUGCGUAUCACAGACCCAAAAAUGACAUGUCACAUAGACCAGCUGAACACUUGGUACGAUAUGAAAACUCAUCAAGAAGUGACCAGCAGCCGCCUCUUCUCAGAAAUCCAGACCACCUUGGGGACUUUUGGUCUGAAUGGGUUAGACAGGCUUCUGUGCUUUAUGAUUGUGAAAGAGUUACAGAAUUUCCUUAGUAUGUUUCAGAAAGUUAUCCUGAGAGACAGAACUGUUCAGGAGACUUUAAAAACCCUCAUGAAUGCUGUCAGCCCCCUGAAAAGUAUUGUAGCAAAUUCGAAUAAAAUUUAUUUUUCCGCCAUUGCCAAAACACAGAAGAUUUGGACUGCUUACCUUGAGGCUAUAAUGAAGAUUUAUAUUUUGAAGAGAAUCCUUGACAUAGAGUAUCCUAGACACAAUUAAACAGGGAAUUAUAUGGGCCAGACAGGGUUUGGGGGACAUUUCUGAGUGGCCCGACAUAACUACCGUUUUCUUGGCCUUCUCCUAUUCUAAGUUUUAAUAGUACUUUUUUAUAAAUUAAGAUAUUUAUAAACAGCAUUUUUUGAAUUGACUUUUAUUUUUUUCACCUAAGUAGAAUAAUAGCCUUGCACAAAUAGUGAUCAAAAGUAAUAUAUCUGAGGUCGUUUAACACUUUUGACAGUUACAAGCUCCAUUUGUCUAAAUAACUUUUGUUCACUCUCAGAGAAGGCCACUCUCUUUUUCUUAACUCUUCUCUGCUCCCAACAACUCAGAGGAAAUGUGUGUAUUUCCUUAUUGUUGCUUGCAUUAUAAUACCGCCUUCCCUCCUCCCUCACUCUCUCUUGCCGAUCUUUUAGGGAUACUUUUCCUAGAGGAGAAAAGAGGACAUUACAGGCACAAAAAGCUAGAGUGUGCUGUUGACCUUAAGAUGCUGACAAGUUUAUGGGAGCAAACUGACCUCUACCUCACGCCUCACCCAAAGAUCACUUCCUAUCACCCAAUAGUCGUCAUAGAUAUCUCCAAAUACCAUUUAUGCUCAUCACCACUUUGAAAUUACUGUAGUUGACCCACCAUGUUAGCAUGACUUUGUAUCACAAAUUUGUUUUUUUAAUAGUUUGGUAAUUAUAUUUCAUUACAAUUGGCUUCCACUGUUACCCUCUGUGUUUUGUUUUGUACAUUUAAAAGUGUUAUUCUGAGAUCGUGUCUCGGUUUCACCAGAUUCCCAGAGAGGGCCAAGGCACACAAAAAGGUUAAGAACCGCUGGAUUAAGGGAUUAUCAUUGCUAGGCCUUCUUGAAAGAUUUUAUGUAGAUUAUUUUAUAAUCCAGAUAACUACAUGAUCUGUAAUCCUGAGUGACAUGGACAGAUUUAUAUUCACCAAAUUUGAGAAUACUGGAGUGAAAUGGCAUGCUUAGGACUUGAGAAAGAUCAGUUUGGGAUAAAAAAAGGAAGCAGGGUUUCUCAUAGCAGCUUCUAAACUUGGAGAGCUUAUUACAAAGGAUAAAAAUAUAGCUUCAAAAAAGAUACUUUUGAUACCUGAACAACAGAACAUGAAUGGAUUCCUUUGUAAAGCUUAGACUUUGGGAGUAUUUUGAGGUUGGCAAAUAGGACCUUGAAGGGUCUCUAUUGCUCCAUCAGGUGUAUUGCUGGUCUGAGCCAUGGAGCCAGUCCAGGAAAUCCUUACAUUUUUCUGUAGAGUGUUGUGAUCCUUCCAGUGACAAAUUGCCAUCUCUGUGUUUGCCUCCUGAUUGUCACCUGACAUGCUUGUAGGUACUGCCUGCUCUUUCUCUUGCUUGUUCACAGGUUGGGCA